AUGAUAUAUAAGUCACUAUCCCAACAACAACAACAAUGCCUGCUCCUCUUGUCCCCGCCUCCGCCGUUGCAGCUCUUGCGGACCCUUCGAAGAUGUGUCGCUGUGACCCGCAGCCGGCCUCAGCGAGCGCAUACUGCUCAAAGUGCCUGCUUCCCAAGGCACCUGCUUCUGCAACGGGCUCUAAGUGACCAUAUCCAUAGAGUCCUCUCAGGUACUACAAUACAUUGUUUCGGAUCAGCCUAG